CAGGAGACUGUGACACCGUCGCGGGACUGUGGCGGAUGUGAAGGAGCCGCGUGUAUAGUGAGGCAGGAGUGGAGUCCAAAGCUUGACCAUCAACACGCCCCAGGUCCCCAGGUCGCCAGGUCCCCAGGUCUCCAGGUCCCCAGGUCUCCGGGUCUCCAGGUCCCCAGGUCUCCAGGUCUCCAGAAGGUCCCCAGGUCGCCUCUAGAGCAGCACCAUUAUUCCAGCGCCCUCCCCGUCGUCCAGCCCUCACCAUGCAGGCCAUCAGGAGUGUGGCAGCCAGUAACUACAGCGCUCUCACCUGCUGCAUGAGACACAGCGUGUGGAGGCGGCAGGCAGCAGCACUUGGCUUGAAAAAGCAGAGUCGGUUCAUGAGUGCUGAAGCUCUGGCAGAACCAACACCUGAAGGAGCACCAAAGGUUUAUCCAGAGAAGAUAGCAAACAUCGUUUCCCAAAUCUCUCAGCUGACGUUGAUCGAGGUGGCAGAUCUUAAUGAACUGCUUAAGAAGACACUGAAUAUUCCUGAUGCACCAAUGAUGGCAUAUGGGGCAGGGAUGAUGGCACCAGCUGCUGCUGCUCAGGAAGAGGAGGAGGAGGCUGCUCCAGUGAAAGUCCAGACCAGUUUUACUCUCAAGUUGAAUAAGUAUGAUGAAUCCAAGAAAGUAUCUCUCAUUAAGGAAGUGAAGGCACGUCUAGAAGGAUUUAAUCUUGUACAAGCUAAGAAGUUUGUGGAAAGCUGUCCGUGUGUGGUGAAGGCAGAUAUUCCCAAGGACGAGGCCGAGCAGCUGCUGGAGGCCUUUAAGGCAGUGGGAGCCGAGUGUGUUAUUGAAUAAGCUAUUCCUUGUGUUAGACCAUUAUGUGUAUGUAUGACUGUAAAUUAAGUUAUAGCCAUUAUCAAAAGCAUGGAGUUUUGCAAUUGUACUGUAAAAUAAGAACACAUUAAAAAAAAAGGCAAAACUUGUACAUAUGUGAUGCUUACCUGAAUCUUGAGUUUCUUGUGUAAUACAUAAGAGAGCCGUUGUCACUACUGUUGUACAGACUGGUUAUAAUUAAAUUACUGAUUUUGA